UCGCGGCGCUCUGGCUGGCUGUUGAUCUGCCUGCGCCAUGCGGCUGCUUGGUCGCUCGCUCGCUCGGCUGCUCGGUCUGUCUCUGUGGGUCGGUCGGUCGGCAGCGCUGCUGGCUGCGGGCGGGGGAAGCCGGUUCCAGUUCCAGAUCUUGAGUUGCUUGUGCAUCCCGAUAAAUUGAUCAGAUUAUCCAAAUUGAUAUCAAUUUGAGUAAACCAAAAUGGGAGCAAUGCUUUCUUAUUGGAGGGCAAAGCCUUCCACGAUAGAAAUAUUGGAAAAAAUUGACAAGGAAAUAAAUACAUUAGAAGAAUUCAAGGAAAAGAAUCAAAGACUUCAAAAGAUCUGGAUUGGAAGACUGGUACUCUAUUCAUCCACAAUUUAUAUCAUAGCUUUUAUAAUUGUGUACAUGUGGUGUUUUCCGGAAGAAUGGACUGCACGACUAACCUUGGCGCUUCCAGGAUUUUUAUUUCCUUUAUUGGUCUGGUUAAUAAGGAAAGUUUUGAUUUGGUUAUUUUGCCGAAGAACUGAAAAGAACAGUGAAGCUCUCGAAGAUUUAAAAAUCCAAAGAAAGAAAAUACUUGAAGAGGUCAUGGAAAAGGAGACAUACAAGAGUGCCAAACUAAUUUUGGAGCGGUUUGACCCAGAAUCCAAGAAAGCUAAAGAGCUUGAUCAGUUGACACCUGGAAUGCCAGUAUCUCCAAGGCCAGGCCAAGAACUUCGUCAAAGGACGUCAGCUCAAGUAGCAUCUACUCCACCAAACCUCAAGCAGGGAAAUCCACAAAGCCUCACGCCUGUUCAACAGACCACAUCAGCUCCUGGUGGCCCACCAGAAAAGACCGCUCAUUCAGCUCUACAUACACCUGUACUAUCGAAGCGGACACUGCCUCUGGCUACCUCAAUUCCUAUAAUGGGUCUUCAUCCUCCAGGUCCUCCUCUGGCAAGACCAAUCCUCCCUCGAGAUCGAGGAGCAGUUGAUAGAGUUAUUGAAUAUUUGGUUGGUGAUGGUCCACAGAACAGAUAUGCGCUUAUUUGUCAGCAGUGUUUUUCACAUAAUGGCAUGGCCUUGAAAGAAGAAUUUGAGUAUGUUGCAUUUAGAUGUGCGUACUGUUUCUUUCUUAAUCCGGCAAGGAAAACAAGGCCUCAGGCUCCGAGACUUCCAGAAUUCAAUUUUGAAAAACGACCACGUUCUGAUUCCCCAGGCCCAGUUAGCUCUCUAGCUGCAGCACUUGAUGAUCAAACUGAUCUUGAACCAAUUGAGGAAGUUGGAGGUCAAAGUGUUACUUCUCUUCAGAAUAGUAAACAAGAUGAGAGUGAAAAAGAAGAAUCCGUUCCAGCAGAGGUUCAGCUAAAACAUGACCAAGAAGUGGAGCAUGAUGAACAGCCAGAAGAAAAUAAAAUGGAUAUUGAAAUGAGUAAGGAUGAAGAGUCUGCGAUUAAUACACAAUAGCAAAGUUGCCUACUCAGCAUGUAGCUAGAGCUUUAAUACAUUACCUAGAACAACGUACCAAUUAAUUGAGCCAGAUUACCAAUACAAUAGGUUAAACUGAUCAGGCAAAAAAAAAUUGAAAGGUUUAACUAUUGUAAAUAACAAUGACAAGUUUUUCUGAAGAAAUUUAAAAUGCUGUAUGUAUUUUGAUCUUUUGUGAUAAAUCUGUGAAUUAUCCAUGGUAUUAAAUAGCAAAGGCUGCUUUAUUGCUUGUCAGGUCACAGAAUACAAUUUAGUUGUUGGAUAUUAAUAUGUACAAUGACCUAUAAAAUUGAAGGAUUACAAUCCAAUCAUAAUUUAAAAUUGGUUGACCCUUUAAACCCUUUACACUUUGGGAGUUGACACAAGAUGCACUUGGAUUGGAGUCAUUCUUUUGUAUAUUUUAAAGACUGUUUAAUUUACAAGGCUUUAAAAUCUUGCAAGUUUGAAGCUGGAUUAGGUAAAAGUGUUUAAUUGAAAAUAAACUACCACGUCUAUGUGUGCUAUAAAACUCAAUGUUUACAGUCAGCAAUGAAAAACUAGCUUUUAUAUUUUUAGCAUGAAAUGGGAUAGUGGGAUUAGCUAGUCCUCUGUAUAUUUAAUAUUUAAAAAAUCCAGUUCAUUUGGAUAACAUGUGUUCUUUGUCAUCAAAUUCACAUGCUGUUGUAAAGGAGGUACCAUGCAGAUUGUUCUGCUAAGUUUACAUGAAAUGCUAUUGUAUUACAGGGACUAAUAUAACGGUCGACAGAUACCCUGGUACUUUUUGGUGUGGCUGCAUUUUUUUGUUUAUAAUCUGCCAAUUCAGAAAUGUGUGCUGAUGUGUUUUAAAUAUUUUGAAAGCUAAAUAAAUUGUAGUUAUUGCAUCAACUUAGUGCUUUAUAUAGAAUACUGAAAUAUUGCUUUGCUGCUUGUAAAAAAAAUCGGAAUGCUUUACAAAAAGUGAGAUGCUGCCUUAUUCAUGUACACUUUCAAUUCAUCCAGAUACAAAACUGAUUUCAGUCCUUGAACAUCUAAAGCUCAAAUUUAAUAUGUAUUUAUCUUGGUUUAAAAAAAAAGAGCAAUGCUACCCAAAUCUGCUGUUAAAGUUGAGCACUGGAGUACAUUUGUCUGAAUGGCUACUGCUCAGUUCUGGUAAUGUAUAUUUAGCUUCACUUAUUCGGUUUACGAGCUGCUAAGAACAAUUUCUGGCAAGGAUUUUUUUAAAAGCUCCAUUAAAGCCAUGCUUUGUUUCAGUAGUUGACUUCUGUACUCAAACUUUAAGCUAAAUUUCCAAGUCCAUGUAUUUAGUUUUUUGAUAGGCAAAAUUUAUUUUGUUAUUCAGCACUGUGGAAUUGUGAGGAAAGCAAUAUCUGUUUCAUCUGUUUCUCAUGUGUUCAUACUUCUGAGCCAAACUAUACUGCUGCCGCAACUGAAACAGCUGCAUUUGACAGCUUGUACAAUUUACAGCAUUUUCUGACGAGCAAGGCCAAUGUAUAUUCAUUGCAAGGUGGUUCUGACCUACUUCACAUAGGAAGGCUGAGACAAUCUUUGUUCAAUAAGCAGAAUAUAAUCAAGGGAUCAAAUGUCACAUUUUGGAAAAUUAUAAUAAACAAUAGAAUCAGUGGAUCAAA